AUGAGGCCGGCUUUAGUGCUUCUACAGUCACAUUGUCUAUUGUGUGUGUUCACUGGCGUGUGUGUGCCCAUUGCUGUGGGCUCACUGCCUCCUGCCCUGCCAUGGCACGUUACCUGCCCAACGAGGUGUGUGUGUCAGAUCAAGCCGUGGUUCUCCCCUGAUUCAGUCUACCAUGAGGCUCCCACUGUGGACUGCAACAACUUGCUGUUGACCAAGCUCCCCUUGCCCAUACCGCUGAACACACACACCCUGCGCCUGCAGAGUAACCUGCUGUCAGUGCUGGACACUGCAGUGUUGCACGAACUUCCCAACCUCACCGACCUGGACCUCUCCCAGAACCGCUUCAGUCGUGUCAGGAUGAUAACUCAGAGCAUGUCCCUGCCUGCUCUGCUGUCCUUACACCUGGAAGAAAACCAUCUCAGUCACCUUCCAGAGGAGUCAUUCUCUUCGCUGCCAGCUUUGCAAGAGCUCUUCCUCAGCCAUAAUAACUUACAUUCGAUAGCACCUGGAGCCUUCUCAGGUCUUGACUCUCUUCUCCGUCUUCAUAUCAACAACAACAGACUCACUACUAUUGACCCAGUGUGGUUCAGGGCUUUGCCUUGCUUGGAAGUUCUCAUGCUAGGAGAGAACCCUGUGGAAGCCCUGCCUGAAAAGGGUUUUGCAACCCUAAAAUCCCUUCGGAGCCUUGUCCUUGGUAGUAUGGGUCUGAAAGGCUUGGCUGAAGAAGCACUUCAAGGGCUUGAUGGCCUUGAAAGCCUGUCUUUCUAUGACAACCUUCUGACCAAAGUCCCAAGACAAGCCCUGAAGAGAGUGCCAGGACUGAAGUUUCUUGACCUUAAUAAGAACCGCAUCAAACUGGUCGAGACAGAAGACUUCAAAGAUAUGUUCCACCUAAAGGAGCUCGGUCUCAACAACAUGGAGGAGUUGGUGUCGAUUGAGAAAGCUGCCCUGGAGAACCUUCCAGAGCUCACCAAGCUUGAAAUUACCAACAACCCGCGUUUGUCUUACAUUCACCCUAAGGCUUUUUCCAGGCUGAGCAGGCUGGAGAGUCUAAUGCUGAGCUCUAAUUCUCUGAGUGCUCUGCACCAGCACAUUAUCCUCUCCCUGCCGAGUCUCCAGGAGGUCAGCCUACACUCCAACCCACUGCAAUGCGACUGCCUGUUUCACUGGGCUGCCAGGGACACCUCUCAUUUUCACAUUAAGAAGGACACGCAAAUGAACACACCAACAGUUCGGGUGGUGCGUUUCAUCCAACCCAAAGCAACCUUGUGUUCUGAACCUCCAGAACUGAGAGGGCGCAGAGUGCGAGAAGUGUCUUCUGGAGAAAUGUCUGCCUACUGUCUGCCCACCAUUCCUGCCAGUUCCCUCCCUUCCUAUGUAGGGGUUCAAGAAGGAGGGAAGCUAGUUUUGCACUGCAGAGCACUUGCAGAGCCACAACCUCAACUGUACUGGGUGACCCCCUCUGGCCUCAGACUUGGACCCGCACCAAGCCAGGAAACAAAAGGUUUACCAGCUUCUGUCCUCUGCAAAAACACAACUUCUGAUGGAUUCAACCGUUUAUCUGGUUCCAGUGUCCAGGCUCAAGAUGAAACUCCCUGCCAGCUCUUCAAACACUACCAGUUACUGCCUGAAGGAACUCUGGAGAUCAGCAAGAUCACACCCCGAGAAGCAGGACUGUACACCUGUGUGGCUGAGAACGCAUUCGGAGCCGAUACACGCAGCGUUACAGUAGGAGUACACAACAGAGGGAAGAAGCGAAAGAGGGGAAAGGCAAUUAAGCUAAAGAAGUUUCAAGCAAUCAGAGCAGAUGUCAGGUUGGAGCUGAGGGAGGUUGGAGAACACUACACUAUCUUGUCUUGGCAGAGCAGACAAAACCUCCUCUCGACCCGUCUCUCCUGGCAGGCCGUAUACUCAAACGCUAACGCACCAACAUACACCACCCGUGUCCUUGCCGGCGUGCAAAGCUUCAACCUGACUCACCUGCAGGCAGAGACAUUUUACAAAGUGUGUCUCCAUUCAGGGAUUAGUGAGAGCUCCAAGCACACGAGUCAAAGAUCGAGAGAGAGCAAAAAGCCUCAGUGUGUCUCGUUCAGGACGAAGGUUGCCUCACAGGCUCAGCCUAGACUGCAGCUCAACCCGCAGAUGACCUCCACAGCAGUCACUUUACUGCUUCUUGCUCUCAUACUGCUGCUAGCAGGGCAGGUUUGGGACACCGAGCCUGGCCAGGAGGUAGGAAAGAAUCCCAGUACGCUCUGUGUUGACAUAAAGAUUCCCAAGACUGUCAUCAUCACUCAAAAGACAGAAGAAAACAAUGACCCAGAUCAGAGAGAGAUGCCACUUAAGGUCUGCUGAGAUCAUUGCAGGCGAGCUAAAGUGGCACUCACAUCCAUACAUGAAACACGGCAAGUAUACACUUGAAGCUCGGAACAAGAGAAAAAUCACAGAUGAUGGUGUAGAAAGAGAUUUGUAUUUAUUUUAUAUACAGUAUAAAGUAUAUAUUGUUUCCGUGUUGAGAUGUGCCGUAAAGACUGUUUAUCCACUAACCAGGAAGUCAAAACUGGACAAUCGUACUCCUGCUAAGCACGACAGGAACAACUGAGCUGACCACCAGACUGAAACAAAAGAGCUUGAUGCAAUGCAGAAACAGAUAUUUACAGAGAAGAGACGCUCAGACCUCCAGGGUUCCACCGUGUUUAAUGUCGACACGUUUCCACAGACCGAAACAUAAUUUCUCCAAGCUGAUAAAAAUCUGCAUUGUGACUGAAGCUGAAUGA